GAAGCACUACAAACAAAAUGGCAGCCGCCGUGUUGGCAUUCAGCAAAAUCAAUGUUUUUUGUAAAUAUUGACUAUUAAACUAAUGUUUGAUUGCUAACAACGGUCUUAUUUCUAGAUAUUUACAACAGCUUAUAUAUUGAAGUCGAUUUUGCUUUAAAUAAACGCAAUGUCCUGGUUAAGCGGCGGAUUAUCGUCGUUGACAGGUCAGCUGUCAAAUCUUACGAAAGAUAUUCUGACUGAAGGGACGGAGGAAGUUAGUGAUCAAGUGACAGAACUGCGUGUUGCUCAGGAGAAAAUCAAGGAGUUGGAUACGAUUAAUGUCUCACAAAAACUUGAGAUUGACCGACUCAAGGGUCUGGUUCAUGACUGGGAGGAGAAGGCAGAGGGAUCUGAACUGCAGAUCAACAAAAUAUCCACCGAGUACAGGCGCUUGCUGCAAGAGAAAGAUUCAGAAAUCAAGACUCUCAAGCAAACAGUCCAGGAACUACAGAGCUCUGCGACCUUCAUAGGCCAGCAUUCUGAGCCGUCAGUGCUACGUCUGGACUCUGAUAGUGGAUUUCAAAGCGUUAGUUACGGUGGGGAUGAACAUGACUUCACGGACAAUAUCUCACUCCAACAGGACGUCAACCGACUACGCACUGACGUGCAACGGCUCCAGGCGGAGUGCAAACACUGGCAGGGACUUGCACAGAGUUCAAAUAAGACAGCAAAGUUGGAACCGGUUCAGCCACAACAUGAUUCUUCAGAUCUUCUCAAGAAAAUACAGGCAUUACAGGAUGAGCUGGCAUCAGAGCGGGACAUGCGCCAGUUUGAGCUCGCCUCCUUUCAGGACGCGCAGGCUCACAAGCUCACGCAGAUGCGCAAGAAGCACAAGGAGGAGAUUGCUGAACUCAAGCUCAAGAUUAAGGAGCUUGACUGGAAUGAUGAUGGUUGGGAUUCCAUGCCUAAUGCAGAUGAGGCAAACCUGAAGCAGAUGAUAUCAGCUCUUCAAGGGGAGGUAACCUCCUUGAAGGAGGAGAAAGAAGAGUACCUGCAGCAGAUUACCUCCCUUGCUGGAGAUGUGGAGACACUCAACUCUGAGCUGGCUGUGAAACAGGCACAGACUCUGCAUCUGGAGAACCAGCUGAAAGUUGCGAAGGCAGAGAUCAGUAUGCUGAAGGAAUCCACACAGGAGGUGGGCCAGCAGUUGUUUGAUACAAAAAACAGGCUGCUUGAUCAACUGGAUGCAAACCAUGCUAACACUUUGGAGGUUUUAAGUGAUUUGAGGGAGGUUCGACAGCAUAUGGACAUGUCGGCAAUUGAUAGGCGAAAUAAAUUGCUCUUGGAAAAAGAUAAAAUUGUCAAUCAGUUGAUGAAAACUGCAGAAAAGAAGCGUGACCUGGAAUCCUGUGUGGAAAAUCUGGAAGUGGAGCACCAGUCUGUGAAAAUGCAGACUGUGUUUUUGGUGGAAGAAAUGGGAAAUCCUGAUCAGCAGAAUUUAACAGCUGGCAUCAUGGAUAGUUUGGAGAAGGAGAACCUGUUGCUAAGAGAACGUAACGUGGGCCUACAAGAGCAGGUGGCCUUGCUGGAGAGGGCCUUGCAGAAUGCAAACCAGGAGAGGAUGGGCUUAGUCGGGGCUGGAAACUCGGGUGUUUAUAAGGAUGACCUUGACCUGAGUAGCAGUGAUAGCAUCUCUUUGACCUCUGACCUCUCAGACAGGUCAAAGCGCAACUUUGAACUUAAUGACCAGGUCACAAGUCUUAAAGCUCAGAUUUCAAACUAUGAGCGGGAAAUUCAGCAAUUUGAAAUGCUCCAUUCUGAUUGGUUGAAUGAAAAAGAAACACUUACAGGAGUUCUGGAAGAGUUACGAUCCCAGCUAAAGGAACGGGAACAUUCUCUCAAUGUUGUUGAAGCCCAAAAGGGCUUGCUAGCAGUGGAGAAACAUGAGAACGCAAACAUAGCGUUACCGGACCUUCUGGACUCCCCAAGCAAAGAGUCUAGUCGGUCCGGGUCGCUGUACACCACGGGCAUGACAGAGGAAGACAUCACUCAGGAAGUGAUAGAGCUGGACCGCAAAGUGGGCUUGCUCACUGAUGCCAACUCCGAGCUUGAAAGGGAGCGGGACAGCCUGUUGGAGUCACAGGCAAGGCUGAAGCAAGAGAUUACAGAUUUGUACAAACAGCUGAAUGCACAGAAAUCUUCACCCAAACAUGAAACGUCAGAAAAUGAGACAUCUGAACUUAAUCAGCAUCUUAAGGAAAAGGAACAGGAGCUGCAAGCAUUGAUGAGUGAAAAAGAGGAUCUUGAACGAAAUCUUGCUGAAGUACCUGUACUCAGGGACCAACUUGAAACAUUGCAGUUGACCGUAAAAAUGAAUGAAAACAAACAGCUAGAAAUUGAAGCAUUAGGAAUAGAAUUAGAGGAACUAAAGAGGAAACUUCGUGGAAAAAAUGAGGAAAUUGUGAACCUGUCCCUUGAAAAAGAAGAAAUGAUGCAGAGCCUUGAGGAGUUAGAUAAACAAAACCAAGAAGCUAUGAAUCAUCUUAUUCAGAUUAAGGAUAAGUUGACCAUGUCGAAUGAAGAGCUGAAAACAAAAUUGAAUGCUGUGGAAGCCGAGAAGCAGGUGCUAAAGGCAGACCUUGAAAAAGCCCAAAGUAUGCAGCUUCUCAAUCAGGUUGUUGACUCAACUUCAUCCAAUGAGUUAAAUCAUGAAAUUGCCGAGCUCAAAGAUGAAAUAAGCAUGCUCAAACAACACAUCGAACAGCUGGAUAGGUUCAAGAGUAAAAUUGAAUUGGAAAAUAAAACAAAAGAUGAAGAAAUCAAGGGUAUGAAAGAGAAACUAAUAUCCAGUGCUGAAUCUUUAAAUAAUCUUCAUAUGGAUAAGCAAGAGUUGAAUGAUAAGAUAAAACAAUUAAAAGAAGAUAUGAAAAAACAAUCAGAUAAACUCAAGAAGUUAAGAGAGGAAAAUGAUGCUCUACAGCAAACAACCAUUGGCAUGCCUUCAGAAUCAGAUAUGCACCAUAAUCAAGCACAAGAAAUUUCUAAAAUGGAAGAAGAAAAUUCACAACUUAAAUCAGAACUGGAGGCGUUGCUAAUUCAAUUAAAAGAAGCAUCUGUUGAAUUAGCACACGUUAGAAAAGAGAAAAACAGUGGUAAUGAGGAACUUACUGCUUUAAGAAACAGCGUCAAUGAGAAAGAUGAAUCAAUUACUGAGCUGAGAAAUGAGUUGGAGUUAGUAAGAGGAGAAAAUACUGCAAUUCAAACACAAAAUGAAAAUUUAGCAGAAGACUGCAGACGAUUAGGAGAAGAAUGUGCCAGAAAGCAUGAAGAAUGUGAAAGUUUUUCAAGACAACUUCAUGCUAUUGAAUCUGAACUUCAAACGGUGAAAAAAGAAUUUGAUAUUAAAGAAAAGGACAAUAAUAAUCUAUGUAUAAAGAUUGAAGCCUCAACUAAAGAAGCAGGUGAUCUUAGGAAAAAUCUUAAUGAAAAGGAGCAGGAAAACUAUACGGUUAAAAAAGAAUUGGCAGAAGUAAAAUAUAUGUUGCAAGAUGUUACUGAUAAGCUGCACACCAGAUGUGAAGAAUGUAAUAAGUUCAUGGUAAAAGUGGAAGAAUAUGAACAGAAAAUUAAUGAACUUAGUCAAGAACAAACUAGUCAGUAUGAUGCUCAACUACUUAGUGCUACAGGAGAACUAGUACUAGUAAAGGAAGAACUUGAAAGCAGAACUAUAGAAUUGCAAAGAAGGGAUGAAGAACUUUGUCUCAAAGAAGAAGAAAAUCUAAUAUUUAAAACGGUGGUUGAAAACCUGAAGUUAGAAAUAACUCAUUAUGUGUGUGAAGUGGAAUCUAUGACAAAACAGCUCAAUGAAAAAGAAAUAUUAAGCAUUGAUUUACAAGCUUCAGUAAAAGAACUAAAAGAAAAUUAUGAUUCACAAGUAAAGCAAAAUGAAAAAUUGCAAAGUGAUUUGGAAGCUCUUGUGCAAAAACAUGCUUCUCAAGUAGAACAUUUUGAAUCUUAUAUUAAUGAAAUAAUGGGUACUAAAGAGUCAAGCAAAUCAACAUUGCAAAUAGAAUAUGAUGAAAUCCUAGACAAGUUUCAUAAAAAAGAAUUAGAAGUGACUGAGUUAAAAGCUGACCUUUGUUUUCAUUUGCAAGAGUGUCAAACUGAAACUUCAAAUGCUACAGCAGAAGUGGAGCAAUUAAGACAGUCUUGUGGUGAUUAUUCAAAAGAGAUUAGUGUAUUAAAAGAAACUUUAAUUCAAUUAAAUAUACAUAAUAAAGAUCUCAGUGAUACUUUAGAAAAAAAUAAUAUGUUAGAAGAAGAACUUGCCAAAGCAAAUGAAAAGUUAGAAACAUUGGAAAAAGAAGCAAAAGCACUGCAAACAGCUUUAGAAGAGAGCAAACUAAUGCAUAAAUCUGUGCUAUACAGUCAUGAAAAUGAGAAAAUGAAUUUGAAUACAAUCAUAGAGGAAAUGAAAGUGGAACUUGGUUCAGAGAAAUUAAAGGAAAAAUCGGAGACAAGUAAAAAUUAUGAAUUGAUGAAAGAACUUGAUACUCUGAAACUGAAGAUUAAAAAGUUUGAAGAUGAAAUUAAAACACGUACAGAAGCAAUUCAGGAAAAAGACAAAAAGAUAGAACAUUUAAACGUAUCAGACAAUGAAAAUUACGAAGCUGUAGAGAGACUGAAAGAAGUUUGUGUUCAGAAAGAUCACCAGUUGUCAGAAUUGCGAGAAAAGUUGCAUGAGGCUGUGUCUUUUAUGCAAAGAGCACAAGGUGAUGGGGCAUGUGAUAAAGAAGUUUUGCAGGAGAGAAUGGAAACUGUUUCGCAAAUUCCUUUAGAAGGCAGCCACUCAAUUUGCACCGAAGUUGACGAAGAUAGACUGCAACAUGCAAAAGAUGUUAUUGCUGAAAUUGAAACAUUAAAAGGCCAGUUGGAUAAGAAAGACAGUGUUAUAAAUGAGCUACAGAAAAACAAUGCAUCAUUGCUGAAAAUAUUGGACUCAAAGUCAAAGCAUACUGGUGAUAACAGUCACACUGAAUUUCUAAGAAUGGAAAAUGAACUGAAAGGCUUGAAAAUGGAGAAAGAGCAAAUGAUGGACGUAAUGAAUGAGAAGUCAAGAGAAUCAAGUAACCUAAAAAGUGAAGUACAAAGACUUAUGAGCAUAGCUGCAGCUCAGAAAAGUGCACUUGAAAAACUGCAGAAAGACAACCAGGAUCUUUCUCAGAAGACUGCAGAUAAAGCUGGUGCUCAUAUUGAUGAUAUGCAAAAGGAAGUUGUCCAGAAUCUGUCCAGAAUUAUUCGUGACAAGGAAUUAGAGGUUGAAUCAUUGACUCAAAAGAAUGAGACCUUAUUGUCAGUUUUACAAGACUCCUCUAACGAAGGAGGUCAGAUAAAUUCUUUAAUGAAAGAUAAGGAUGAGUUGUCAAAACAGCUCAUAGUAUUACAGGGAGAAAGGGAACAAAUGAUAACAUAUCUGAAUCAAAAGCAUCAAGAAAGUGUUGCCUAUCAUGCAGAGGUCCAGCGAGUAACUUCCCUGAUGAAAUCAGAGGGGGAAAAAAUGGAAAGAUUGAGACAUGAUUAUGAGUCAAUGCUUCCUCAGUUUGAGGACAACAAGCGUACACUUGUGAAAGCUCAGAAUGAGAUGUUGAAUAUGAAACAGAGGUACCAGGAGCUUGAAGUGAAACAUGGACAACUUGUGCAUCAAGAUUCCUGUGAAACAAUAGACAAAUCUAUGUAUGAUGCUAAGGUAAAUGAAAUUGGAAAACUACAAGAGAGGUUCAACGAGAUAAUUGCAAACAUCAAAGAAAAAGAAGCAAAGAUUCAGAACUUGCAUCAGAAGUUAAAUGACAGUGAACAGGCUUUAAGAACUGCAGAGAAUGAGCGAGGCAGUUACAAAAAACAAGUUGACGGCUUUAAUUUCCAGCUACAUGGACUGCAUGUAGAACAAAGUGAGCUGAAAGCCGAGAUAACCCAGUUAAGACAGCACAAGGAAACUUUGUCAACCGAAUGUCAAACCCUGAAGGACCUGAAUCAACGACUGACACUACAAGCAGGGGAUCGUGACUUUGAGAUUCAGAGCUUACAGAAAAAUGUUGCCUCUCUUUCUGCAAUUGUGAACCAACAACAAGGACAACAAGGUCAGCUACAACAUGUGGUGGAAGAGAAUGAAGCAACGAAGACCAAGAUACGUCAGUUGACCCAUGAGAGACAUCAGGCCAUGGUGGCUACUCAACAACAAAGGGAGGAAACUGUGCUUUUACAGAGAGAGAUGCAUGCACUGAAAGACAGGGAGGCCAAAUUGAAUCGGGAGUUGAGUCGACUCAGGGAACAUCUCUUACAGAUUGAAGAUGGUUACACGAAGGAGGCAUUGGCUGCAGAAUGUCGUGAGAAGGAACUGAGGACAAGGCUUGCCAAGGCGGAGGAGCGGGCCCUUACAUCUUCCUCUGCUGUUGAGACGGCUAACCAGCAGGCGCUUCAUCAGUUUGACAGUCUACAGCAGCAGCUGCAGUUCGUGUCGUCUCAGCGUGACCAGGCCUUUCUUCAGAUCUCCAGUCUCCAGGAACAGAACGACCUCCUGUCUUCCUCCAUCACCAACCUGCAGAUCGUUCUAGAACAGUUCCAGCAAGAGAAGGAAAGACUGGUGGCUGAGGAGACAGCCCAAUACAAGAGUCAGGUGACCAGUCUUACAGAACAGCUCAAAAAGGCACAGUCUGACUUGAAAUACACAAAGGACCAGUUGGACGAGGCGUCAGACGGACUCGAGGCAGCAGCGAGGCUCUCAGAGCAACUAGACCGCAAGGAGGAGGCAAUAGAUGCACUCCGAGAAGAGGUGCAAAUUCGGGAGUCUGCUUUGAAGACAUUAGAGGAAGAGUUACGGCACUUGAAAAGUACAAACGAUGACAAAGUGGACAAACUGGUUAUCAAGAACUUGUUCUUGGGUUACUUCACAACUCCACAGAACCAGCGUCAUGAUGUUCUACGUAUGAUAGGGGGAGUUCUUCUCUUUACAGCGGAGGACUUUGAAAAGAUUGAGGAUGUGAACAAGUCCGGGUGGGUGCCAGGCUUCCUCAAGUUUGGUGGUGGUCCCCAGAAGCAUGCCUCCCCUCCCAGCACACCAGCCAGACGGUCUACCAUCAGUACACCAGGGACCAGGCCUGCUGACACGUCAUUCUCCCAGAUGUUUGUCAAGUUCCUGGAGCGCGAGUCCUCGCCACCACCUCCCGCCGUACGUAUGCCCGCUGAAGAAAUGGUGAGGGACGUUCAACAGAAACAGAAAGACCAGCACAAGCCACCCUACAACCCUUUCACUGCCCCUCGACACACUGCCGAUGCAAACCCCUCGUCGAUGACCCAAACGACCUCGACCUACAACCCGUUUACCACCACACGCCCCACAAGCAGUGCGGGCCAAUCGACUAACCAGAUGAGCUCCCAGAAUUCUCAUCUGCUCAUGGGGUCAGUGGGCUCAGUUCCUCAGACCAUACCAACCUUUGUCGCAACCUCUGAAAGGUCAAGGUCUCCCACAGGGUCAGGUCGCAACACACCCUCGGCUUAUACGACCUCCAGUGCUAUACUGAAAGAUGUCCUUAAUAGAUAGCAGUAGAUGGGACUGACUUUAUCGACAAAUAUGUUUAUGACAAAAUUUACACAACUUAAUAGUUUAUUUAUAACAAACAUAUUUCUAGGAUCAUCUUAACUCUUCAAAUCAUGUGUGUUUUGCUUGCCUUAUGAUUUUAAGUUUUAUAAAUUAAUAACUUAUUAAAAUGGUAGAUUGGAAUUUGCAAAAAUGUGUAAUGGGUACUAAGGGUUAACAAAAACAAUUUGCAAGCUUAUCCCUUAAAUGAUUAUAAAUGCAUGUUUCAAUUCAAAGUAAAUUUUAAGCAAUUUAUUUGUUAAUGUUGUUAUAAAAACUCAUGUCUGAUGUUGUUGAUUUAGUAAUAUGCGAUACUACCUUUUGGCAUUCGAAGCCUUAUAUGGAAAUAAAACUUCUGAAAUAAAGCAUUCCUAUAUUUAGAGAAACUAUUGUUGUGUAUUUAUUUAUAUAUUUCAAAUUCAUGAACAUGUUAAUAACAUAUAAGUCAUGCAUUGUGUUGUGAAAUCUUAUUUUGCAUAAUUACUGGUUAAAAGUUAUUGUUAUCAGCUUAGGCUGGACUAAAGUUUGUUUUCGUAUUUGCUCGUGUAUUGUUUAAAAAAUCGUUCACUAUUACACAUUACAGACAUGUAUGUUCUAAGUUUUGAGUUUUGUGUUCAUGUAACUAAUUGAAUUGAUGUAAUAACUUCUGUAUAAGAAUCAUUACGUAAUAGUUUUAUAUGUUGCAUAUUAAAGCGAUUUCAUUUAAAGUGUAAAUGUAUGUCAAUAAAUAUAUAAUCCUGUAUAUUAUAUAUAUCUUUAUUACUCCGCUAACAAAGUUUCGGAGGGGGUAUAUUUGGAGUUGCUCAUUUGGUCGGUCAGCCCUCAUAAGUUGUAAGUUUGUUGAGCAAAAUACUUCUUCAUUUCGUAAGAGAUUGAAUUUAAACAUAAGUCUUAUCCAUGAAGAUUGAUACCCAAUGAUCCACUUUCCUGAGUUGUCUGCCCUUGAACUUUGCCAUUUUUAUGGCAUAUGUGUAAAAUAUUUAAUAUUGCGAAGCCAACUUCCUCCACAUUUCUCAAACAAUUUUAUUGAAACUUGAAAUUUGUCAUCACCAUCAAGUGUUGAUAUUCCAGACAAAAAUUCCACAUUUAGUGAUACACGUGUUCCUGAAUUAUUUGCCCCGUAACUUAGCCAUUGGCAAUGCUGCUAUUCCUGUGACAAAGCAUUGCGAAGGCAUUUUUAGUCACUUUGUUAUAAAGCUCUAGUUUAACUAGAAUUGUGCUUGUCUUUAGUGUGAGCUCAUGGCUUUCAUCAGUUAAACAUAUCUGAUUUUUAGCGAGGCUUUUUUCGGAGAAAACCCGAGCUAUUGUCAUAGCCAGCUCGGCGUCCGCCGUCCAACGUAGGCGUCGUGCUAAAAUCUUAACAUUGGCCAUAACUUUUUAAAUAUUGAAGAUAGCACCUUGAUAUUUGGCAUGCAUGUGUAUCUCAUGGAGCUGCACAUUUUGAGUGGUAAAAUUUCAAGGUAAACAUCAUCCUUCAAGGUCUAGGGUCGAAAAAACAAAAUCAAGGGAAGUAAUAAGCUUUAAAUGGACAUAGUUAUCUGACCUUCCCACGUAUAUAUUUUUGUUAAAUCAAUCAAAGCGGCGCAGUAGGCGGCAUUGUGUUUCUGACAAACACAUUGUGGUAAAAGGUCAAGGUCAUCCUUUACAGUCUACGGUAAAAAAUACAAAUUUAAGGGAAGUUAUAAGCUUUUAAGGGAGAUAAUUAUUCAAUAUUGAUCAUAGCCACUUUAUAUAUUUGGCAAGCAUGUGUACCUCAUGGAGCUGCACAUUUUGAGUGGUGAAUCUACAGUCAUGGUAGUGGCUUUUAAUUAUUUGCUACAAAAAAUAGAGAUUUGUUACAGACAAUUAUUUUAAAAGGAAGUAAUUUAUAUAAUUAUAAAUCUCAUAUAUUUCCUUACCAAGAAUUGAAGUUCUUUUCACAGUUACUGUACAGAUUUAUUAUUUAGAUUAUUUAUAACCCAAAUAAUUGAUAUGUCAAGGUUUUUUAAAAUGAUAUUAUUAUCAUUGAUUUGAUGUUCAUUACAUACCUGUGGACUUAUGUCCAUAGAUACAUGAUCAACUCUGGCUAUGAUCUCUUUUAAAUCACAGGCACAUGGUCAUAAUUGACUGUGAGACCCCGCCCCCUCCCCUGGUUGGAUUGGACAAAAUUCAAGGGAAGUAAUAACCUUUAAAGGGAGAUGAUUUCUAUACCUGCCAAAUGAUAAAUAUAAAUUUUAUUUCAAUGCGGUGCAGUAAUGGGCAUUGUGUUUCUUACAAACACAUCUCUUGUUGGGUCACUAGGUCAAAGCACUGUGACCUCUAAAAAAAAAAAUCUGACAAGCUUUCGCAGCCGAGCGUGGCACCCGUUAUGCGGUUCUCUUGUUGACAUUUUAUUUUCUUCAUUGAAAUGUUUACUUUCCCACAUUGAAAUGUAUAGUUUCUUAAACUGAGAUUAAGGGAUAUUAAUAAAAUGGUAUGGAAAGGAGAA